AUGGGGAAAAUAUCCGCUAAUGACAAGCUCAAGCAACGUCACAAUCCUCUUUUGAAAGAUAUCUCCUCUCAAGGAGGUAAUUUAAGGACAACACCUAGAUCAGCAGUUGCAAAGAAAAGAAAGUCCACCACCAAUGAAGCCAAAGACAACGAUGAGGAAGGGUACUUGGAUGCGGUUAGUUCGAGAAAGAUCUUGCAGUUGGCAAAAGAGCAACAGGAUGAAUUAAGAGAUGAAGAAGAAGCGCAGGUACCAAGUUUUGCCCAAGCAUUCAAACAGCAAGAAGAUGCGAGUAGCGAUGAGGAAGAGGAGGAUGAUCAGCAAUACUCCGAUUUCGAAGAGGAAGGAGAAGAGGAGGAAGUCAUUUAUGACGAGGAAGAGAUUGAAGUUGAUGAAAAAGAUGCUGAACUAUUCAAUAAAUACUUUCAAAACAAUGGGCCAUCUGCAAACGGACAGAGUAUAAACUUGGCCGAUAAGAUUCUUGCCAAGAUCCAAGAAAAAGAACUGCAACAGCACCAGCACCAGCAACACCAUCCACAAGGGGGAGAAAGACCCGAAGAUGCCGUUUUACUACCCCCAAAAGUCAUUAUGGCGUAUGAGAAAAUUGGUCAGAUAUUAUCAACAUACACACACGGAAAGUUGCCCAAAUUAUUCAAAAUCUUGCCCAGUUUGAAAAAUUGGCAGGAUGUGUUGUACGUGACUAAUCCCGAAAAAUGGACUCCUCAUGCUACUUAUGAAGCAACCAAGUUAUUUGUGUCCAAUUUAACCGCCAAUGAGGCGCAAAAAUUUGUCGAAUCGGUGCUUUUGGAGAAAUUUAGAACAUCGAUUGAGGACUCGGAUGAUCAUUCAUUGAACUAUCACAUUUAUCGUGCAUUGAAAAAAUCAUUGUAUAAACCAGGUGCAUUCUUCAAAGGGUUUUUAUUGCCAUUAGUGGAUGGAUAUUGUUCAGUUCGUGAAGCAACCAUUGCGGCUUCGGUGUUGACAAAAGUUUCCGUGCCUGUGUUGCACUCUUCAGUUGCAUUAGCUCAGUUGCUACAAAGGGAUUUCAGUCCGGCUACUACAGUAUUCAUUAGAGUGUUGAUUGAAAAGAAGUACGCUCUCCCAUAUCAAACUUUGGAUGAGUUGGUUUUCUAUUUUAUGCGAUUUAGAAAUGCAGCACAAGACCAAAUGCAAAUCGAUGAAACUUCGGAGGAUAAGAAAGGACCGCAGUUGCCGGUUGUGUGGCAUAAGGCGUUCCUAUCCUUUGCACAACGUUACAAGAACGACAUUACUGAUGAUCAAAGAGAUUUCUUGCUUGAAACAGUUAGGCAGAGAUUCCAUCACGCUAUAGGGCCCGAAAUAAGAAGAGAAUUGUUAGCAGGUAAGCCAAGAGCAACUGCUGGCGAUGUACCAAAGAAAGAUGGGUUAAUGGUGGAUGCAUUUUAG